AAUUACAGCAGUACCACAUUUUAAUAUUAAAUGGUAGGGCAAAAGGGGGAAAGUUUUACUAUAUAAUGACUAUUGGGUUGAAAGAUAUCGAUAGUGCCUUCACUGACUUGGUACAAAUGAAUCUGAUAGUGAUAGUUUCAGCCGUUGCCUUUUUGGGCACGUUGGGAAGCUGUGCGUCAGAUGAUGCAGGAAGAGAUAAAAGAAGCAUAUUCGGAGAAAGCUUCGGAGACUUUGGGGGUAGCCACGGAGACUUUGGUGGAUUUGACCUUGGUAGUUUUGAAGACCACCACCAAGAACAUCACCACAAAGAAAAAAUAGUUACUAUAGAAAAAGAAGUUAAAGUACCGUAUCCAGUAAUAAAAAAAGUACCGUAUCCGGUUCAUAAAGAAGUUAAAUACCCUGUGCAUGUGAAAGUACCCAAACCGUACCCAGUCUACAAAACAAUACCAUAUGAAGUCAAAAUACCCAUCAAAGUGCCGUACCAUAUACAUAAGCCAUACCCAGUAAUCAAAGAAGAGAAGGUACCAGUCCAUGUUCAUGUAGACAAACCAUAUCCUGUCAAAGUUGUUGUACCACAACCCUAUCCAGUCACCAAAUACGUGCAUUAUCCUGUAGAAGUCAAGGUACCACAACCAUAUCCAGUUGAGAAGAAAGUAUAUGUUCCAGUCAAAGAAAUCGUACAUGUACCAAAACCAUACCCAGUUGAAAAGGAAGUCAAGUACCCAGUUGAAGUACCUUAUGACAGACCUGUUCCAUAUGAAGUGAUCAAGCCAUAUCCUGUUCAAGUAGAGAAAAAAGUGCCUGUACCAUACGAAGUAGAGAAACCAUAUCCAGUCAAAGUAUAUGUAGAUAAACCAGUUCCAUACCAUGUAGAGAAAAAGGUACCAUACCCAGUAAAAGUACCGGUACCACAUCCAUACCCUGUCGAAAAAAUUGUGAAAUAUCCCGUUUACAAAGAAAAACCAUAUCCCGUUGAAGUCAAAGUAGAAAAACCAGUACCUUACAUAGUCGAGAAAAAAGUACCCUACAUUGUAGAAAAAAAGGUACCAGUACAUGUAGAAGAAGAGAUUCAUGAGCCUGAACACAAAUUCGAGGAACAUAAAAUUGAAGAACAUAAAAUCGAAGAACCUCAAGAACACCAUUCAGAUUUCUCAAACUGGUGACGUAUGAAAUUCAAAAAAAUGAUCAACUUUUUGAGAAUCUCCUUUUUUUCCUAGUCAGGAAGCUGAGAGAGAUUGUUUUGUUUCAUUUUUACUUGUUAUAUAUUAUGUAUGAUCAAAUUUUUCCACUUUCAAUCAAAAGUUUCUUGAUCAUUGUUAUCUAUAUAGUUGAAUAUGCUGCGUUGAAACUUUAAGAUUAGUAGAUUUUAUGAUUUUUCAUGAAUUGUAAAAACUUGAUAGGAACAUAUCAUUGUUAACAGUCCUAAUAAUUAGGAUCAUCUAUUUCUAAAUAAUAAAUAUCGAAAUAUUAUAA